CUUUCAUGUAAAGACAGGUUAGUGUUUUGAAUGCGCGCGGAAACGUAGGUUAUCUUCCGCCUGGUGUUAAUAAUUAUUUUACUCGAAAGGGUUGUUUGGGAUUGUUAAUCCGGACACAGAAAUUCCGGGCGAGAUGGAUGACGAAAUGGACGUCGAUGUUUCGAGACCGGGCACAGCUUCGAACUCUUUCGUGUUCUCCAAGCCGAGUGCCGUGUCGGAUCUUCCAAGGAUUGUUAGUUUCGGCGUAGGAUCAGAUCAUGUCUUCGACACUCAUUUCAAUAAGAAGAAUGUAUUUACUUUCGCCGCGCCCACGAUAGUGUCCCGACACGAUCAGAGUCGCGCCGGUCUAUGGGCCAGUAAACCCGACAAACAAUAUAAACCUAGAAUCGCUAGGAACACGUACAAGCCCACAGUCAACGUGUUCGCUAAUGCUCUCAAGGACACGGGGGCGUUUGAACAGCUGAAGAAGAAUUCCAGGUCGCGCGUUACCAAAGUCAACGUGAACAACUCGAUAACGUGCUCCGACGUGCCCAAAGCCCUUCUGACUAAAACGGCAGCGAAGGAAUACUUUACGAGAUAUGGAAAUAUCGUGAAGAUAACUAUUCGUCCGAAGAAGCACGUAAUCACGGUGGUUUACACGACGAAGGUAGAGGCAAGCUCAGCGUAUUACGGCAGUGGCGAGCACAAGGGUGAGAAGUUUCACGUAGAAUGGACAAAGCUGGAGUCAGCGGCAAAGACGACGACCAAGAAGAAGGAUUUGCAGCGAAACAUAGUGGCGAAUCUACUUAAAGCGUCCGACGACGAGAUUAAAUCAGAAUUAGAAGCCAUGGCGACCGUGGAGUAUAAUUUGCAUCCUGCCAAAGGGAGCGAGCUACCCGACGUGGGCGCGUUGCUUCCGUUAAAGACCAAACCGUCGGGAGGGAAAGCAGCACUGCCGCAUGAGAAAGCUGCGGCGAAGUUGGAAAAAGCCGCUGCGAAAGUCGAAAAGCACGAUACCGAGAAUCAGAUAUCUAAAGUCUUGCCCAACACAACCAUGGAAGAGCUGCAGAACAUAAUACAUCAAGCUGCUCUCACGGCUGAAGAAAAGUACAAGGUGUUGGAGGCAAGAGACCGUCUCAUGAGACUGAAGCGAGUCAAGCCAGCCUCGCUCGCGAUGGCCAAGAUGACCAACGGCACUUGCCCCGAUAUGUGCCCGGAGAAGGAACGUCUGAUGCGCGAGUCGCAGAGGCAGGUCGCGCCGUACGAGCAGCUGGAGGGGAACGAGUACAGGAUAAAUCACGCGACUGCCGUGAAGCAAUAUUCGAGAUCCUCCGCGGAUCAGGAGGAGCCGAUGCCCCAUGAACUGAGGCCGGUGAGAUCCUUGAAGAUGACCAUGAGCUACCUGCUUCACGAGUUAGUGGAUCUCUGCGAGCAGGAAGGAACGAACCUAGCCGAAUGGUAUCAUUUCCUCUGGGACAGGACUAGAGGAAUCAGGAAGGACAUUACGCACCAGGAGCUAUGUUGCGAGGAGAGCGUCGAGCUGAUCGAGCAGUGCGCCAGAUUUCACAUAGUAUGCUCGGAGAGGCUCUGCGCGGAGGACGCGUCCGUGUUCGACAAGAAGAUCAACUCGGAGAACUUGACCAAGUGUCUGCAGACUUUGAAAUACAUGUAUCACGACUUGAGGGUGAAAGGUAUCACUUGCGAAAACGAGCCCGAAUUCAGGGCGUACGUUGUACUGCUGAAUUUGAACAACGGUAACUUUCUGUACGACUUACAGCAGUUGCCGAAGACCGUGCAAAACUCGCCGGAGGUCCAGUUUGCGAUCAAGGUAUAUUUCUCUUUGGAGUCGAAUAACUAUUACAAAUUUUUCAAGCUCGUUCGAGAGACGACUUACUUGAACGCCUGCAUCCUCUUAAGGUACUUCAACCAAGUCAGACUGCGAGCUCUUUCGAUAAUGAUAAAGGCAUACUGCAGGAGUACCUCGACUACUUUCCCGUUGUACGAGUUUAUAGACAUCCUUGGUUUCGAGGACGAAAACGAAGCUGUAUAUUUCUGCGUGCAAGCGGGAUUGAACCUGUCGAAUGACGAAAUGCAUAUUCUCUUGAAUCGUCAGAGCUUCAGCAUGCCAUCUAGUAUCCAGCAGGGUAGGGCUUGCAAUUUAAUAGAGUCCAAGAGAGUCGUCUUAAAUUUUAGCAUCGGACAAUGCAUCGCCGGUAAAAGAAUGCCAGAGAAGACUUAUAAGAAUCACAAGCCGCACAACAGUUUCGACGCGCACGGCUAUCUGAUGCCACAGUCCUUCAACGCCGCCGAUCAAAAUUCCGAUGCCUCUUCAGCGGGACGGCACGAUCCGUACGAAUUCGUGGAGAAGGAGACGAGGAGGGUACCGAAGCUGACAUCGAUCCGGGAUCAGAGAGCCGUCAGGGACCUUCGUUCUGCGCAGAUUCGAAAGCAGCCGGCAAACGACGAGGCGGACGCAUUUAAACGGGCGUCGGUUCCCAACUCGAUCACCUCGGGCAUCUCUAAAACAGAUACACUCGUCGAGCACAAGCCGAAGGAAUCGAAGGCUCAAGCUGGCGCAUCGGCAAAAGUAACUUCCGAGAAACAGUCCGACAACCGAGGUGCGACCAGCGCGCAACGCGGAGACGCUGCUGCAACUGAUGAGAAACAACAAUCAGUGAUGUUUGGUAGCGGCAAUACUCUCGGUGAUCAUCAAUUUGCCGGAAAUUCUUCCGUGUUCUCCAAACCGGAAACGUCACGUAAUGCAGAACCGGUCCCACCAUUCGCGAUGGCCAUAAACAAGAGCAUCUUCUCCGGCGCGGAGCUGGGAAAUAUGUUUACGAGGAACGUCGCGCCUUCUUCCUCCAUGAUAUUCGUUAACAAACAUUUUCUCGCCCAACAAUCGUUCACGGAUAAGACAACGAAGGCGCGAGGUGUCUUCCAUAAGAAGGAACAAAAUACUCAGGAGGAAGCGAUGUCGGAGGCCGAGAGAGCUAAGCUGGAGAAGCUGGAGCACGAGAGGAGAAUGCAACAGGUCGAGGAGCAGUCGGAAGAGAUUUACAACAGCUUGCACGCGGAGGUCACGCACGAGCUCUGCUCGGCCAUCGCGAGACAGGAGAUCGACAGGCUGGAGAUGUACGACACGCUGAGCAGGAGAAUCCUCUCGGACAUGAUCGGCGAAGUGACUCACGAGAUGUGCGACGCAACGUUGACCGCGGAGAUCGAGCGGGAACGGAAGUUACAGGCGAUGUUGCUGCGAAUUAAGAACCAAGUGAUCGUUAAAUACAUAAACCUCUGGAGGCGGUACGUGUCGAGGAAGAAGCGGCAGAGAGCGGCGUUGGAAGACACGCCGGUUUGGCUGCAGAAGCACUCCGUGGAGGAAACCGCGCGGAUGCUGUACACCAAGGGCCAGGAGGUCGUGAUACGGAAUAUGCGCAAACGGCGAAGCGAACCGGAGGACGUCGCGCCCAGCACGGCGGAGACUCUCGCGCCGAUCGAGGUCAUCGCGUACGCCGGCAUCAAGGAGAACGCACGAUCGUUGGAUACCGAUCCCCUGCCCAACGUGUACUGGAAACUCGUCAUCUCCUGGCCGGACUUGGCUAACAAACCGGUCUUGUGGUAUCACAAGAAGGUGAUGAACGAAUACUUGUAUCCCAACGAUUUUACGAUGAAUCCCAUGGUGAAGCUUUACCGGCCAAAUCCCUAUGAGACUCUGCACGUUUGCGUAAGGCACUUCGAGGGUCUGAUCAGCGAGCACCACUUGGUCGGCACUGAUGCGCUUCUGUUCAUCGCCGACGCCUCGGAGAACUACAGGUCUGUCGCGAAACGUUUAACGAGGACAAUAUUGUCGCGGCAUAAACUGAUGCCAAUGCCCCUCGCCUUUAUCGUCCUGGGUAACGGGGACCUGGAAAAUCAGAACGACAGUAUCGUCUCGGACUUGGAAUCCCUCCUGGAAUCUGGCUACGUGUCUGAAUACACGAUCAUGUAUGAGGAGAAUCUGUCCGCGAAAAUUAUCUUGAAUUUGACGCAAAGCGCAGUUUUAUGGUUGACGAUGAACAAAUCACCACCGAAUCCACUGGAAAUGGAUUACCUGUGUAAUGUAUACGACAUUUGUUUGUCCGAAGAGUUGUGGUUGAGGAUACUGGGUGAUUCUAUGUUCAAUAAACAAUUGUCAAAUGCGUUAACGGACCCCAACUUUGUAAUCGAUUUGCACAAUGAGGCUGUAAAUCACUUGAUAGACAUAAUCUUAGAUCCAGAAUCCAUGUUAUACACGAAUUUCGCGCCUGAGUUAAAGAAAUUCCUUAAGAGCACCGACAUCGUGCCAUGCAGUUACGAAUAUUUCACCGAGUCGUGGAAACGAGACGAAUACAGGGCAAAAUUAGAGACCGCGAUGAAUGGUUUUGUGCUACCACCAUGGAAUGCACCAUGGCCAAUAACGGACAUACAGGAUCUACGACGGCACAUUAUGAAUUAUUGCAGGGAGGUGCUGUCCGACUCGAACUGUAAUAUCGUAUUUUGCGAUAUAUUGAGCAACCUGUUCCUCACCUCGGGCAGUUUGCAAAUAACCAGCUUCGUACACAUACUGCUACACGUGGUCAAGGAGAAGGUGCGUCUUCUGGACGAGGAUCAAAUGGUCAUUUAUAACAGAAAUCACAUCAAGCAUUUCCGGACUUUACCGUGGUGGUUCAAGUCCAACGUACUGACAGAAUUUAUGGUACACGAAUUAAACUCGGAUGAUAACGUCACGUUAAACGAGCCGACGAGGAAACGAAGGAAGUUCGAUAAAUCGGAAAACGAUUUGGAUGAUAGCGCGUUGGACGAGGAGUUCGGUUUACUAGCGGAGUUUUGCGAGAGCACCAAGGCUCGCGUCAUGGAGGUGCACUCGGUGUCCAUGGAAGUAGAAAACCGCUUGCAGGCGCAACAAUUGGAGAACGCGUUGUUGGAAGACAGACUGAAGAAUGCUUUGCUCGACGAGAUGGACUUGACGGUGGAAGGCGUAUAAGUUUUUCCCCUUUAACCGUAUGAUGAUUUUAAUAGUAUCUUUUGUAUUAUCUUAUAUUAUAUUUUGUAUUAUUUUAUAUUUUCACGUUUAUAUACAAUACGUUAUAUACAACAUGCAUUGUAUUUAUAUAUUGACAUGCGACGAUUUACUUUGAAACAAUUGUUUUCCCGUCAAAUAUAUCUCAGUGUGUAUAACAUUUGAAAUAUAUUUGUAAAUAAUUGAAAGGAAUACUAUUAAAUCGCUGCUACGAUCUUAAAUGUUAUUAAAUUGUAUGUUAUAAGACCAUAAAAAAAAAUAGAACUAGUCAUUAAUUUAUUUUUCGUAACU